ACAGACAAGGUUGCCUCCAAAGAAGAUGAAGAGACAGACAAGGUUGCCUCUAAAGGAGAUGGAGAGACAGACGAGGGGGCCUCCAAAGAAGAUGGAGAGACAGACGAGGGUGCCUCCAAAGAAGAUGGAGAGACAGACGAGGGUGCCUCCAAAGGAAAGGAAAAUGCAGGCUCCAAGAUAAUCCCUCUCGACUCAGUAGGGAAUUCCAACUCCAAAGGCUCAGGGAAAUAUGCAGAUGAUGCAGAAAGCAGCCAUUUCUUUGCUUACCUAGUCUCUAGUGCAACACUGGUGGCAUUACUCUACAUCGGAUACCACAACAAACGAAAGAUCUUUGCAUUUGUUGUAGAGGGAAGGCAAUCCAAGUCCACACGGAGACCCAAAAGCGGCAAAUAUCAGAAGCUUGAACAACAAAUUUGAUGCGGUCGAUCUCAAUGUAAACUGAAUCGAGUUACCAGCCAGUGGAAUUUAUAUGACUGAUUCCGUAAAUCCUAUUUUGAACGUUAACUCACAAAGCUGACCAGUACUUUGCCAUAGCCGUGGCAUUACACCCAUCACAAGCCCAAGAUUAAGUGGACAGGUUUUGAAAUUUGCACUAAUGUGACAAUUUGAGCACUGUGCAAUGGUAAUUUUAUAGAAUUACAUUUCCAUUACAAAUUGUUGUGUCCAUAUAAAGUUUUUCUUUUUGCCAUAGGUGUUGUGUGCAGGUAAUUUAUGAAGAUGUUUGAAGUCAUUUUAAAAAGCUAAGCCAUAAGCUGUUUUGAAUCAAUGACCAAAAAAAUUAGCAUUCUUAAGUUUCGUAAUAUUGUCUUGGAAAAUGAAGUGAUCUUUUUGUGUUGAUUUUUUUAUUUGAAGGGUUAUAUGUAUAAUUAGGAUGCCUUAUAUGGACAUGUGUUCAGGAAUAUGAAAGAGAGGUAUAUGUAUUGAGUGUUUUGCACAUAUUCUCAUGCCACUGUCGGGGGCCUUUUGACCAGAGCAAGAAGGUUUGACUCAGGGUGCUUUUGAAGCAGGAGGGAUUUUGUUGGCAGGUGUUUGACCAAGGCUGUCUCUGCCGUAUGAAUGUAACAAAUGGGGUUUUUACUUUGCAGAUGGAAUUAUUUUGCUUAACUGUGCCCUUCACUGUGUAUGGAAAACCUCUAUCUGAUAGAGUAUUACCUGCUUUUUUUUUUCUUUUUUUUCGAAACACUGUAUCUGCCAUGCUGUUAGAGUGCAGCGUUGUGAGAUGUUUAAAUGAACUUCAACACUGGGGGUAUAGAAGUGAAGAAAUACAUUUUAGGCCAUUGGCGUUUGGCCUGAUGUUAAGAAAGCAGGUCUGCACAGAAGAGUUCAGUGGCACAUUGUUGUACGUAUAUUUUUCUGUAAAUGUGGGAAAUCAUUCCUGUGCUUAAUCUUUAGCAGUCGCUGAUUUUGUGACGCUCAUUGGAUUUCAGUUGCAACUAAUUUAGACUAGCAUUUUCCUGCUUUGAGUUCUGUUCACAUUCUCCCAUACUCAUAAAAGUGUCUUCUCUUAGGCAUCCUCAAGCUCCUAAAGUCUUUCAGUACAACCGUUAACUUCUGAAGCAAUACAAAUGCCAAGCUACUACCUGUGGUCAUUAGAGUACAGCCACUAGGUCAUUCCAUAGAGUACCAGGACUCAACAUGCACCGAUGCAAUUUCAUCUACCGAGCAGAACAUUCAUUAUUGUUGUUCCUCAUAGGAAAAUCUCCACAGUUUUCUACAUCAUUAGUCGCAUGUGAACAGUGUUUGUCAGAUUCCCAUUGGUUUACCUGAAAGAAACAUUUGCUUUGAGCAUCUAAGGGGUGAAAAUAUUUCUUAUUUGUAAGAAAUCUGAAAGCAUAUUACACCAUGUAAGCCUAUCCACAGGACUGAUUUACAAUACUAUGAAUGGUUUUGAGAGUUUCGAUUAAAAAGAAGCAUUGCUGGUUAAUUGGUUUUAGGAUAAUGUUCUGCGGACUGAUUGUACAGUAAUGGCCUCAGAUUAAGUCUGUGUUUCUUCAAGAUGCUUGUGCAAUAUGUAUCUCUUUAGAUUCAAGGUAAUGUGCAUGAUUUGUUGCACAUUGGAAAUGUGGUCUUGAACUACCAGUUGUGUGAUUAUUCCAAAUGUGCCAAACAAGACCGCUGUCUUGAAGGUUUUUUGUUUCAAUUUGACUUGAAUAGAAUCCAAGCAGUGCUAAAACAAUAAUGAAAAUGAGAGCUAGAGGGGAAUGGUUGGUGUCUUCGUUUUGUUAAUCUAUGAAUCCUUUCAUCUACUCCAUGAUACUUGUUUGUGUUUGUUUAUCAGUUUUGCACAUUGGCGUUUUGAUGUCUUUGCAGCCAGCACAUUGCUCUCAGUAUGCUAGCUUUGGCUAACAUGGCUAACUUUUUGAAUGCUGGACCAUUUAAAAAUCACACAUGUGAAUGGUUUUGUACAUGUCUUGAUGCCACAAGUUUGCCACUGUUCUUUUGACGUUGCUCCAAAAUGAACUGAAUAAAGAUGUCUUCAAUAUUUA